AUGGAGUCCCCGGUCCAGAUCUUUCGCGGGGAGCCGGGCCCCACCUGCUCCGCGAGCACCUGCCUGCUCCCCAACGGCAGCGGCUGGCUGCCCGGCUGGGCCGAGACGGAAGGCAACCACAGCGGCGGCUCCGAGGGCGCGCAGCUCGAGUCCGCGCACAUCUCUCCCGCCAUCCCCGUCAUCAUCACGGCUGUCUACUCCGUGGUGUUCGUCGUGGGCUUGGUGGGCAACUCCCUGGUCAUGUUCGUGAUCAUCCGAUACACAAAGAUGAAGACAGCAACCAACAUUUAUAUAUUUAACCUGGCGUUGGCGGAUGCUUUAGUUACUACAACCAUGCCCUUCCAGAGCACGGUCUAUCUGAUGAAUUCCUGGCCAUUUGGGGAUGUGCUGUGCAAGAUAGUCAUUUCCAUUGAUUAUUAUAACAUGUUUACCAGCAUAUUCACCUUGACCAUGAUGAGUGUGGACCGAUACAUUGCUGUGUGCCAUCCUGUCAAGGCUUUAGACUUUCGCACACCCAUGAAGGCAAAGAUCAUCAACAUCUGUAUUUGGCUCUUAUCGUCAUCUGUUGGCAUAUCUGCAAUAGUUCUUGGAGGGACCAAAGUCAGGGAAGAUGUGGAUGUCAUCGAGUGCUCCUUGCAAUUCCCAGAUGAUGAUUACUCCUGGUGGGACCUCUUCAUGAAGAUCUGUGUCUUCAUCUUUGCCUUUGUGAUCCCUGUCCUCAUCAUCAUCAUCUGCUACACCCUGAUGAUCCUACGUUUGAAGAGUGUCCGACUCCUUUCUGGCUCCCGAGAGAAAGAUCGCAACCUUCGUCGGAUCACCAGGCUGGUCCUUGUGGUGGUGGCAGUCUUUAUCAUCUGUUGGACACCCAUUCACAUUUUCAUCCUUGUGGAAGCUCUGGGGAAUGCCUCUCACAGCACAGCUGCCCUCUCCAGCUAUUACUUCUGCAUUGCCUUGGGUUACACCAACAGCAGUCUGAACCCCAUUCUCUAUGCCUUUCUUGAUGAAAACUUCAAGCGGUGUUUCAGGGACUUCUGCUUUCCAAUUAAGAUGAGGAUGGAGCGACAGAGCACUAGUAGAGUCAGAAAUACAGUUCAGGAUCCUGCUUACAUGAGGGAUGUUGAUGGGCUAAAUAAACCAGUAUGA